GCAACUGCUUCCAAUUGAAGCAGGUUACUCCGCGAGGUUUCAAAUAAACAAACCGUCUUCAAUUUUUUGUUGAAAGCUCGAAACUUGUCGGUUUUUUGUUGUCGAACUCGCUCUUGUCAAAAUGAGCGAGCAAGAAAUCAAAACUCUGGGCAGCCAGGUGGAAACCAAGACGGAAAAGAAGGCCGACGGCGAUGAGAAACCGGACAAAGCCACCCUCCAGGCCGUCCUGCAAGUACUUAAGAAAUACAACCUAAAGGAAACCGAGUUAUUGCUCAAAAAGGAGGCAAAAGUUUUGGAUGAUGUGCAAACAUCUGGAACGGACUCGGAAGUGAGCAACGUCCUUUUAACGUACAAGAGCGAGGGAAACCCAGAAUUAUACGAGGAGGCUUACAUGGAUCUAAAAAGAUUUGUUGAUGGAUCUCUAGACACAUAUAAACAUGAACUGGGUAUGAUUUUAUAUCCAGUUUUUGUCCAUAUGUACUUAGAGCUUGUGUAUAAUAAUCAUGAACAACAAGCAAUCAAAUUGAUGGAACGAUUUGGCAAGGAACAAGAACACUAUUAUCAAGAAGAUCUUUAUAAACUGUCUUUAGUUACAAAACGUGAACACAUGAAAGGAAAUGAAAUCACCGAUACUUUCAAAUCAAAUGAAUUUAUAAUAAGAAUGUCGAGGGAUACGCUUGCAACUCUGAAGCGCCAUUUACAAGAGAAAAAACAAAGCAUCGUUCUGAAUAUUAUCCAGGAACAUUUGUAUUUUGAUAUGUAUGAAGGUGUUGCUAGGACUAAACAGCAGAUUGAUUCGGUCGUUGGUUCUUUUGUCGGUGAAGCAAUGAGGCAAGAUAACAAAUCGAAGGUUUACUACGGCAUGCCAAAGGAGCCCGAUUUUCAAUUCCCAACUGUCGAUGACGAUGAUGAAGCAGAACCAGAAGGUGGUGAUAAACCGAAAAAGAAGAAACCAAAGAAGGAAUCCGUUUUUGGAAAAAAGGCCAAGACUGAUCCGAAUGCACCUCCACCUGAUAGAAUUCCACUACCUGAGCUAAAAGAUAAUGAUAAAAUUGAGAAGAUGAAGGCACUCAGGGAAGCUUCAAAAAGAGUGACACUUGGACCAGAAAACUUACCAUCAAUAUGCUGCUACACUCUUCUCAACUCUAAUAAUACCGUUACCUGUGCGGAAAUAUCCGAUGAUUCGAGCAUACUAGCGUUUGGGUUUUCCCAUUCCGAGAUCAAAGUCUUGUCUCUGAUGCCACAAAAACUGAGAGGGAUGAAGAGCGGAGAGCAGUUACAGGAUAUCGAUCAUGAAGCUGAGGAUGUAUGGGCAAGAAUAAUGGACGAUAGAAACGCAGAAGUAAGACGUACUCUCAUCGGCCACUCCGGCCCUGUGUAUAGAGUCACAUUCAGCCCUGAUAAAAACCUUCUUCUCUCUUGUUCUGAAGAUUCAACAGUUCGCUUGUGGAGUCUGCUCACGUGGACGUGUCUAGUCGCCUACAAAGGACAUGUAUUUCCAGUUUGGGAUGUCAGAUUUUCCCCUCAUGGUUAUUAUUUUGCGACAGCGAGUCAUGAUAAAACAGCCAGACUUUGGUCAACAGACAACCAUCAACCUUUAAGAAUAUUUGCUGGUCAUUUUGCUGAUGUAGAUAGAGUCAUGUUUCAUCCCAAUUCUAAUUAUGUUGCUACUGGUUCAAGCGACAGAACUGUCAGACUCUGGGAUUGUGUUACCGGCAAUCAUGUCAGAAUUAUGACAGGACACAAAGGAGCCAUUUACGACCUCGCAUUUUCUGUUGACGGACGUUUUUUAGCAUCGGCUGGUGCUGAUUUCAGGCUACUUCUUUGGGACCUCGCUCACGGCCAUCUCUUAGCCGAGCUUGCUUCACACACCGCUCCGAUCCACACUCUUGCGUUCAGCAGGGAUGGAAAUAUUUUAGCUUCUGGGGCCCUGGACUGUACCGUUAAGUUGUGGGAUUUCACAAAACUCUCGAAUGAAGUUUCAAUCGAAGAUGUCAAUGUCAUGCACAAUCCAGAUAUACGUACUAACUCAGAGGCGUACCUCCUAAGGUCCUAUGCUACGAAAAAUUCAUCCUUGAUUUACUUGCAUUUUUCAAGAAGAAAUCUUCUUCUUGCAGUAGCAACUUACAAUAAUUCGAGAGAACCAUUUUAAAAUUGUUGGCCUUAAGCAUGUCUUUGUUACUACUAUUGCCGAAAACAAUAAUGAAAGAUGUUAUAUUAAAGAUUAAUUUUAAUUA